UUAAUUUUCCGACCCAUUUCCUACCAAAUAUUGAAUAGAAAUGGCAACCAUCACUUCUGUUACUCCCACUUCCACAGUAACCCGCACGGAUCUCGUAUACAAGCCAUUGGCAGGGGUUCAAUCCUCACCUGUUCUUGCGUUGCCAGCAAUGGCGAAGAUGGGCGGGAGAGUGAGAUGUUCCAUGGAGGGGAAGCCUAGAAUAAUGCAGGAAAGUGGAUCAAAGAUGGGGAUGGGUGCGUCAAUGAUGGCGGCAGCCUGUGCAGCAGCCAUGUCAAGCCCUGCGGCCAUGGCUCUGGUGGACGAGAGACUGAGCACUGAGGGGACAGGUCUUCCCUUUGGUCUGAGCAACAACCUUCUAGGCUGGAUCCUGCUUGGUGUGUUUGGUCUCAUCUGGUCUUUCUAUACCAUUUACACAUCUACUCUUGAAGAGGAUGAGGAUUCGGGAUUAUCCCUCUAAUUCAGCCAAAGUUUUCUUUGAAGAAACCGAAUGUAUAAACUACCUUCUCAUGUGCUGUUGUAGUAAAACUGCCUUAUUUUU